GUGUUUUUCUCUUUCCUUAGAUAGAUACAGGGAGUAUCAGUGGAUGGGUCUCAAUGACAAGACCAUUGAGGGAGAUUUCCGCUGGUCAGAUGGGAACCCUCUGUUGUACGAGAACUGGUAUCGUGGACAACCAGACAGCUACUUCCUGUCAGGAGAGGAUUGUGUUGUCAUGGUGUGGUAUGAUGAUGGGCGUUGGAGUGAUAUCCCUUGUAACUACCAGCUGUCCUACACGUGCAAGAAGGGCAUUGCAGCAUUCUGUGGCCAGCCCCCUCUCGUACUGCACGCUAAAAUGUUUGGACGUCGUCAACUAAAGUACAGGGCCAAUUCACAGGUGCGCUACUACUGUGAGCCAAGCUUCAUCCAGAGACAAAACCCUAUCAUCACAUGUCAGAGCAAUGGACAGUGGGAGGAACCUAUGAUCACUUGUUCACCAGUGGGAUCAGCAUACUCAAAUGGAGAACUGGUAAAAUGGCCCACAGGUCAGAACAAGGAAAUAAUCAUAGAAGAGACAACAACAAAAACAACAACACCUGAA